UGAUGAAGGUUAUAGUCACUACAAGGACAAGAUCCGAGACCACGAAAGGUAGAUGUGUGUUAGGGACCCGGAAAGACCUUGAAGAUGUCCAGCAACUUCUGACCAAAGAGGCAGGAGCAUGCUUGGUCAAUUACGCGGGAUUUGGACCACCCUCACCUGCCUCUCCAUCUAUUCCUUCAUGUUUCCUUUCAGGAGCGCGACAAGGAGCUUGAUGAUCACCAUGUUGGCUUCUUACCAUCCAAGCAUUCUUACCGUUCUGUGUGAGGCCUGCUGCAACCAAUUCAGUCACGGAUCACGCCCCCGAGGUUUCCCAACCCAGGCUGUCCACAUGACUCCUCAGAGGGCAAGCAUAUAGCUAAUAUUAGGAGCGCAUCGCGAUAUCCAACGACGCGACAUCGAAGCCUCCCGGACCGGUGUCAAGCAAUGAUCGUUGUGCAGCAAUAGUAGCUCUACAUUUAACCACAAGUCC